GCACGACGACAAUACCGUCACUGCCUGUAUUCAACGCGCGCUGGCAGACGCAGAAAGUACAAAAGCAGUUCCUCACACCUUCCUUCUCUUCUUUGUUCUUCCACCUCAACCACCAUCACAGAUCAACUUGUCCAUGAACACAACCGAUCCUACACCGUCCAACAACCGUUCAAACACUCCAUUCCCAUCUCUCAAAGCCUCUUUCUCGAAGCAGAGUCGUCUACCACCAUGUCAGACCUCGACUUCGACUUCAAUCUAUUAGCGGCUUACCAGCCAGCUACACCCACCGAGUCUGAAACCGCAAACACUCCAGUGAAGACCACUAGGAAGGGUCCGAGCAAUAACAAGCGUAACAUAACACAUCAAGUCUUCCGCAAAAAGGAGAGGAAAGUCGAGAAUGAGAUCUUCGAGCUCGUCGGUGUGACCAAAGAGCCUGCUGGCACAGGACCCAACAACGAGACGAAGUUGUACAGACAGCGCCAGGCGGUACUCAACAAGAUCCAGAAUCAUGAAGAGCAGGUCCAAAUGUUGGUCUCAGAUAGGCAGGCGAUGGCCAUCCAUAUGCAGAACCUCAAAGCUCAGUUCAACGCCCUCCUCUCGGAUAACGAGGCCUUGCGAAACCGUCUUGCGGCUGCAGACAAUCACAUCAACGGUCUAGCAAACUACAUUGUCAACCUGGAGCUCGAGAACAAUGAUGUCAAGGCUCAAGUUCAGGCGCGCACCUGGAACAACGCACCACAAGAGAAUGAUGGUACGAUGGACAACGAUAUCUUUUAGGUCGACGUCAGCAGCAGCGGUGUACAUGUAUUAUCUUGAAAAUCGGGUCGUGGCCGAUGCCACCACAGCAGUGGACCACAGUGCAGACUCUGUCGUCGACCGCACACAAGGGCUGAAGGAAUUCAGAUAGACCAUGAUAUCUCAGACAGGCUCCGCGGGAGCAGUGCACAAUCACAACGGACUCUAUUGACAUGCUGUUUU